CCUGCGUGCUCGUGUGUGUCCUGGCUCUGCUCGCGCCCGCGUGCGCGCGCGCAGCUCCACGCCUGCGCGCGCCCCGCGGCUAUAAGCCGACGCCGCAGGUCCAUGCAGACAAGUUUCCUGACCCUAAGAAGAGAUCCAAACUUCCCCACCUUCGUGACAAGAUGGUGAAGGACGCGUCCAACAACACGUCCAACUUGUGGAGACGACCUCGCUGCGGCGUUCCAGACUAUCCAAACCACAGGGAGAUCCUUUACCCGGGUCAACACCGCCAGAGGCGCUUUGUCCUCUACGGAGGACGGCUGGACAAGACGGACCUCACCUACAGGAUUGUGCGUUUCCCAUGGCAAAUGGGCGAGGAGAAGGUCCGUCGAGUGUUCCGGGAAGCUCUGAAGAUCUGGAGCGACGUGACGCCGCUCACCUUCACAGAGAUCCGCAGCGGGAAGGCCGACAUCCGUAUCGACUUCACCAGGUACUGGCACGGAGACAGCCUCCCCUUCGACGGCCCGGGUGGAAUACUGGCUCACGCCUUCUUCCCCAAAACGCACCGCGAAGGCGACAUGCAUUUCGACUACGACGAGUCGUGGACGCUCGGCAACCACAUGGGCACGGAUCUCCUCCAGGUGGCGGCUCACGAGUUUGGACACGUGUUGGGAUUGCUGCACUCCGAGGAGCCGGGCGCCAUCAUGUCCGCCUACUACUCCUUCUCCUACCCGCUCAUGCUGAGUGACGACGACAAGCGAGGCAUCCAGUACCUCUAUGGCACUCUUCCUAGAGUCCUUCCGCCACCACCUCCACCACCGCCAACGCCGCCUCCACCGCCACCUCCACCGCCUCCACCUCCGUCUCGGCCGCCUCCACCUCCGUCUCGGCCGCCGCCGUCUGACCACGAGACCAACGAGAUCGUCUCUCAUCCCGACGUCUGCCAGACGGACUUUGACGCCGCCUCCAUGAUUCGUGGCGAGCUCUUCUUCUUCAAGUCGGGCUACGUGUGGCGAAUCAGGGACGGACGUCUGGAAAACGGUUAUCCCGCGUUGGCGUCUCGCCACUGGAGGGGAAUUCCGGACAAUAUCGACGCCGCUUUUGAAGACAAGGCGGGAAAUAUUUGGUUCUUUCAAGGUGAGAGCUACUGGGUGUUUGAUGCGGAGAUGCAGGUUCGUGGGCCCGAGUCCAUCAGGAGGCUGGGUCUGUCAGUGCCAGGCAUCCAGGCGGCGCUGCGUUGGGGUCACGACUCCAACUACAACACCUACUUGUUCCGCUCGGGAAGCUACUGGCGCUUCAGUCCUCGCCAGAACCACUUGGACUCGACGUACCCACGCAGCAUGCGCGACUGGAGCGGCAUACCCGCUGACGUGGACGCCACCUUCAGGGAUGCUUACGGCUACGCCCACUUCAUCCGAGGACGCCAGUACUGGAAGUUCGACCCGGUGGCCAUGAACUCCCUGGAGGGCUACCCUCGCUACGUGGGCGUGGACUUUUUCGGAUGUCGAAACAUGUGAUGGUGCUGAACGGAAGCGGACCAGGACGCGUGAACUUGACCUCCUCCGUGUGUUGGAAAACCUUGGUACUCAAAUUUUGUUGUUUGUCGGGAAAACCAGCACGGACUUAGUCCAGGACUGGCCGGACAAGCCCGUCCAUCCUCAGGUGCUUCAGUCGGCCGACGUCACUCGGCGCGUCAAUGCUGUGAAGACGCUUCCUGGCGCCACUUACAGGUCAAGGUGGAUCAGCGUGAUGCCUUCAGGGACCUCCUUCAUCAAGACCAGGUGCUGCCACUCCGGCUCGUUAGUGCGGGUCACUGACGACUCUCCUUUUGCCAUCACGUUACUCUUUGAAGUUGCUAAAGCUGCGGCGCUUCACGGCUAGCUGGCCCGUUUGAAUGUCCCGCCCUCUUCCUGGUUUGAUCACUUAAGCUCCGCCCACUUAUACACGUGCAGUAUAAUAAUAAUGUUAUGUUGCUCUAUUAAAGGAAAACUGCACUUUUUUCACAUUUUAAACAUCGUCUACAAUCCUGAUGAGGCAAGAACACGUCUUUCACUUUAUUGUGCAUUCUAAAUAGUAAAAAACUGCACAUUUUUUACUUAAAACUACUUACAUUUUUUACAUUUUAAUUACAUUAAAUUAUAUGUCUUUCACUUUAUUGUGCAUUCUAAAUAGUAAAAAAAACCUGCAAAUUUUUUACUUAAAACUACUUAAAUUGUUUUAAUUUAAAUUAGAUUAAAUUACACGUCUUUCACUUUAUUGUGCAUUCUAAAUAGUAAAAAAACUGAUAAUUUUUUAUUUAAAACUACUUAAAUUUUUUAAAUUUAAAUUAGAUUAAAUUACACGUCUUUCGCUUAUUGUGCAUUGUGAAUAGUAAAAAGCUGCUUUUUUUUUUUAACUUAAAACUACUUCAAUUUGUUUCAUUUAAAUUAGAUUAAAUUACACGUCUUUCACUUUAUUGUGCAUUCUAAAUAGUAAAAAACUGCUAAUUUUUUUUUAACUUAAAACUACUUUUAAAAAUUAAAAUUUAAUUACACGUCUUUCACUUUAUUGUGCAUUUGAAAUUGUAAAAAAAUUCAAUUUUUUAAAACUUAAAAUUACUUAGAAAAAUAAAAAAUUCUAUUCAAUUACACGUCUUUCUCUGUGUUGUGCAUUCCAGAUAGUAAACAUCUGCUAUUUUUUUCCUGUCAAAACUGCUAUUUUUUUAACUUUAAAAAUGUAAAUAAAUUACACAUCUUUCACUUUAAUGUGCAUUCUAAAUAGUAAAAAACAGCUUUUUUUUUUUACCUUAAAAUUACUUUUAAAAUUUACAUUUAAAUUAAAUUACACAUAUUUCCCUUUUAAUGUGCAUUCUAAAUAGUAAAAAACAGGGGGUUUUUUACCUAUCAAAAUUUAAUUACACAUCUUUUACUGUACCGUGCAUUCUGAAUAGUAAAAAACUGCUAUUUUUUUUACUCAAAAUUACUUUAAAUUUUUAAAUUUUAAUUAAAUUAAAAUCAAUUAAAUUACACCUCUUUCACUUUAUUGUGCAUUCUGAAUAGUAAAAAAACAGAUUUUUUUUAAAACUUAAAAUUAAUUUAAAAAUUGUAAUUAAAUUAAAUUACACAUUUUUCAUUUUACUGUGCAUUCCAAAUCAUUAAGAACUGCUAUUUAUUUUUUACCUAAAAUUACUUUAAAAAUUGUAAUUCAAAUAAAUUAAAUUUCACGUCUUUCACUGUAUUGUGCAUUCCAAAUAGUAAAAAUCUGCUAGUUUUUUUCCUGUCAAAACUGGUAGUUUUUUACUUAAAAAAUGUAAUUAAAUUACACAUCUUUCACUUUAUUGUGCAUUUUAAAUAGUAAAAAACUGCAAAAAAAAUUUUUACCUAAAAUUACUUUGUACAAUCAACUUCAAUUUAAAUUAAUUAAAAAAAAAAAAAAUUACACAUCUUUCACUUUAUUGUGUAUUCUAAAUAGUAAAAAACUGCAAACGUUUUACUUUAAAAAAAAGUAAAACAUUUUAAAAUUGCAUUUUUUUACUUAAAACUACCUUUAAAAAAAUUCAUUUUAAUUAAAUUACCCGUCUUUCACUUUAAUGUGCAUUCUAAAUAGUAAAAAAAAUGCUUUUUUUAAAACUUAAAAUUACUUCAAAAAUUACAAUUAAAUUAC